GCACAUAGGAAAUGUGUACAAUAAAAAUGCUUACUUAAUCUACGUCGGAACGCGGAUGAAAAAAAUCAUUAUAAAUAUCGCCUACUGUCUAAUUCAUACUCGAAGUUACUGAAAAUUGUUGUGCCGCCAAAGUGUGUAUAGCUUAGUCAGUUACAAAGUGUCGGAUACAAGUGUUAUCAAAAAAAGUAUUUUGUUGAACUGGUUGAAUGAAUUACCAUCAGAAUUUGCGUCGAAACUAUUUGUACAUUCGCUUCUCCAUCGAUUCAUCGUUCAAACUUGUUAUAUAUAAAACAGUGAAAGCCUAUAAGUAUGUGUAACUACAGUUCGGUUUUAAUAUUUUACGCUUUGAUCUUGUUGGCUCAAAUAUCAAAAGGAAAAGGUUUGAAAUGUUAUGAGUGUCGCUCAAACAGUACUUUGGACGCUGCAACUAAAAAUUGUUUGGAUGGGAAUGAGAAAGUCCCUAUAAAGGAAUAUACACCUAUGCCAGGUUUUACAGCGGCAUGUGUCACCCUCAAACGUCAAUGGGAAGAUGGAUAUAUUAAAGUGGCGCGAUUGGGAUAUGAUAGGUUGCCCGGAAAGCUUGGAUAUAAUGCUGUUUGCGCAUCCUUGGGCGCAUAUGAUCUUCCUGAUGUUGAUUGUGAAGUUUGUGGAACAGAUCUCUGCAACGACAAAGAUGUCAAGGCUGGUAAAAUUUCACACUAGGCUGGCCAUUUUGUGGCGGUCGCGUACCAAAACACACAUAAAAAAUUAUUUCAACUUCCUCCCCGCCCGCUUGUAAACCUUGUAAAAGAUAGAUAAAAAAAAAUUACCUAUUUGAAAGAUGUGUAGGUAUGUAUUGUGCACCUUACCUACUACAGUAAUAUUAAAAAAAGGUCAGAAAUGACAAAUUUUAAUAACUAAAUUAAUAUAAGUAGGUACCUAACUGUAAUGUAUGUUCGGAAGUUUUGUUGUUUUGUGUUGUGUUACUUGUAUUAAACAAAAGGAAUAAAUGACAGUGCAGCCUCA